AUGCCCCUGUUCCAGAGAAGUGAGCUCCGCGAGACUGAGGCCGACCUUCAGGACCAGGUCCAGGCCCAGGGCCCGGAGGAAGUGCAGCUGCUUGGGGCUGUGGGGGAGGGGGCCGCAUCCCCCUCGACCGCCUCCCCCCCAGCAGCCUCCUCCUCUGCCGCCCAUGCUGACGCCUUGCUGGAGGAGGCACUUAACAUGAUGGUGGCUGACCUGGUGUGGUUCCUGCUCCUCAAGUAUUGCGCCAAGGAGCCCACCUCCAAGGCGGAAAUCCUGAAUAUGGUCCUUAAAGACCAUCAGGACCACUUCCCCGUGGUCCUCGGCCAAGCCUCCGAGUGCAUGCAGCUGGUCUUUGGCAUGGAUGUGAAGGAGGUGGACCCCAGGGAGCACACCUACAUGCUAGUCCCCACCCUGGGCCUCACCUGUGAUGCGAUGCUGAGUGAUGGGCAGAGCUUCCCCAAGGCUGGCCUCCUGGUGGUGCUACUGAGCGUGAUCCUCCUGGAGGGCGAACCAGCCCCUGAGGAGGAGGUCUGGGGAUCACUUAGCAACAUGGGGGUGCAUCCUUUAAGGGAGCACUGCAUCUGUGGGGAGCCCAGGGAGCUGCUCACCAGAGUGUGGGUGCAGGCGGGCUACCUGGAGUACAGGCAGGUGCCCCACAGCAACCCCACCUGCUACGAGUUCCUGUGGGGGCCCCGGGCCCACGCGGAGACCAGCAGGUGGCAAGUCCUGGAGUACCUGUUCAGGGUCAAUCGAUGGAAUCCCAGGUCCUUCCUGUCCCUGUGUGCAGAGGCUGUGAGCGAUGACAAAGAGGGGCCCUGA